AACAAGACGGGGGUAUCUCUCCACUGCCAGAUUAUCCACUUUACAUUCUCAACUCUUUCAGCAUAAUCUUUCCUGGAAAAGAUAGCCCAUUCAGACUUUAUUGAUAUAUAUUGUAAACUAUCACCCACUUCACUGCAAACGGUGGUAUAAUACACAUCUGGGAUUUUGCUCAGCUAUAAGCAAAUUGAUCCCAGGCUUUACCUCCAACUGAUCAGAUAUUGCAUUUGCUAAUACAUAAAUCAUUGGGAGGGAGAAGGGCUCUUAUCGCCUCCUCUGCUCUUCAGAUUGAACACAAUUUUCCCGAAAUUUGCCGCAUGAAGAUGCCCAAGGAAGUAGGUUUUCUGAUGCAGUAAUUUGCAGCUCGCCAGCACUGCAGAAAUCGACAUGAUCUCAUAUUGAUGGGAUUUUCCUUUUUAUAGUAAUUAGGUUGUCAAAUUAAUUAUUUGCCAGGGAAAUCCCUCGCUCUUUAAUAGUACGGAAAUUGAAGUAGAUUAUUAGUAAUAUUGACGUUGUUAUUAUAGUUAUUAUUUUAUUUUUAACCAUUGGAGGCGUGAUCUGUGGGAAUGAGACUGAGAAAAGCCGCCAGGGGUUGGAGGACUGGGCUGAGUUUAGAUCGGAAACUACAAGUCUAAAUUUUACAACUUACUUACACUUUAAAAUCCAAGUAUUUCUCUAUGGACCGAUCAACAUCCUUGGACAUCGACGCUCUGAAGAUGGCACAGGAGCAGUAUAUUUUGGCCACACAGCCAAAUAAUCUUCAGAGACCUGGAGGUGCUCCAAUUUAUCCUGUGGGAAUAUAUGGGUGGAGAAAAAGAUGUUUAUACUUCUUUAUACUUCUGCUGUUGGUCAUAAUGAUUGUAAACUUGGCAUUAACGAUAUGGAUUCUAAAGGUUAUGAAUUUCACAGUGGAUGGAAUGGGCAACCUUAGAGUAAACAAACAGGGAGUAAGGCUGGAGGGCAUAUCUGAGUUCCUUCUUCCACUGUAUGUUAAAGAAAUACAAUCAAGAAAGGACAGCCCACUGAUCUUGCAGUCUGACAGAAAUGUGACUGUGAAUGCAAGAAAUGACCUUGGGCAGCUCACAGGACAACUUACAGUCGGAUCUCAGACUGUUGAAGCACAGUGUCAGCGGUUUGAAGUGCUCUCUAGUGAUAGUGGGAAGGUGCUCUUUUCUGCCGAUAAAGACGAGAUCAGCAUUGGUGCAGGGAAAUUAAGGGUGACAGGCACAGAAGGAGCUGUGUUUGGUCAUUCAGUAGAAACUCCUCUUAUCCGAGCAGGACCUUCUCAAGAUCUCAAGCUUGAAUCUCCAACACGGACCCUUACAAUGGAGGCUCCAAAGGGGGUUGAAAUUAGUGCUGAUGCAGGGGACUUCAAGGCAACCUGUCGAAAAGAGCUGCAGCUUGAGUCCACAGAGGGACAGAUAUUUUUAAAUGCAAACACAAUCCGAUUAGGCAAUCUUCCACAUGGCACCUUUGCUGCUUCCUCGCCUGGUUCAACGGGUCCGAAACAGAUUGUCUACGAGCUGUGUGUCUGCCCAAAUGGAAAACUGUACCUUUCUCCAGCAGGGACAUCUUCCACCUGCCAGUCCACCAGCAAUGUAUGUUUGUGGAGCUGAAAGCAGACUCAACCUUACACCAGAAAAGCCUUUGUUACUGUUCUCGCAUUUCUGGUUUGUCUCCCCUUAACUGAAAAUCAGGAAUUACAAAAGGCAUCCAAAGCCAUUUCUUCCAGACUGUGCAGAAAUAAAAAUAAGUUGCCUUUUUUGAAUAAAGCUACUAAUAAACACAGAAAAAAAGAAAUGCAAGACAGAAGAUACAGGACACAUUCUGCACAUGGAGAGCUUGGGAUGUAAUAUCUUUUCUAAAACAGAUAAAUACACAGGUGCCUUUGCUACUGUCAGUAAAGCACAUAAUUUCCAAACUUAAGAAGACCUGGUUAUUCCCCACCUAAUAAACUUUUACCCCAGAAUGACCUUCAGUAAAGUUCAUAUACAGUAUGUAUUUCUUUAUUAUUUCACUAAAAGCACAAAUUGUGAUGUGUGUGUGUGUAUAUAUAGAGAUUUAAAAAAAAGUCAAAAGAAAAUCCCCAGAUUUUAAGCAAUGCUGAGAAUGCUUGGUCGUACUUUAUAUUAUCCAUCAGCCUACUUGUAUGUGUUUUGAGGUUUCAUAAUAUUUUACAAUGAAAUAUAGUAUGUUUUGUAUACUUUGAAUCGUGUACAAUAUAUUUUGAAAUUGUUGGUGAAUUUUUUUUUUUUUUUUUAAUUGUCUGAAAACCUCUAGUGUGGAUGAUAAACUGAAAAGCUAUUGUACAGCAACAUCUGCUACACAUUAUUUAAAGGUAUAUUUUCAUUGACUCCAGUCCAAACAUACUAAUAAAAUUCUAGCAUUACAGUUCUUAUAAAAUUGCUGUUUAUUAACAGACCAAAGAAUGGGUUGUGUAAUAUAACAUGUAACUUUUUUUUUGCUACUUCAAUUGUUGAAACAAAACAAAAAAGUCAGUAUCCAGGCAACAAGAAGGUUACAAUUGUAUAAAAUUAUAUUCCUAAUAUAAAAAUAUAUGUUAUUAAUAUAAUGAUUAACAAUGCCUGGCAUAUAUAGAGAAUACUGGAACAGAUAUGGUGUGUAGCCUCAAUAAUGUCUUGUUUAUACAUUGCUUACCAGCUCUGCGACCGAUGUAAUCCCCUUUUUUUUGCAGUUGCAUUUGCCACCCAUGGCAGACCCUAAAAUGAGAGAUAAUACAGACUGGAGAAUACAAAACUAAUUAAACAGUUUUUCGUAGAAAAAUAUACUUCUUCAUCAUCAGAAAAUAUACCGUUAUUCAACGACGAUACACAAAAAAGCUUGUUUGUCCAAUGGUAAAAAUAAACGUACAUUUUAAUCAGGCAUCAAUUUGUUGAUUAAGUCUUCAGGGGUUAAAAUCAGUUGAUAUUUUGUGUUCAUUAUUUGUCAUUUUCUUAUGUACUGUAUAUAGUAAUCUAAGUCAACAGAAAAACAUAUUUUCUUACAGAUUCUAUGCAAUAUGUUUGUAAGAUUGCAAUAUUACCAAAAUGGCAAAAGCUGUGCUUUUGAACUUUAUCUUGCUUUGUGUAAAACUUACAUAUUUUUUCUACUUGCGACCUCAUCCGUCAUGUUUUUUUUUUUUUUUGUAUUUAACAGUUGUGAAGCAUUUGAUCAUGUGUUGUAACUCUGUGGUUUUAAAACCAGUUUUGAGAAGUUGGAUUAUAUAUUUGUAUUUUAUUUUAUUUCAUAUACCAGGUUAAUUGCAGCUUGUUUAUUACCACAAAAACAUUUUGCUGUUAAACUUGAUGUCAUACGCAUUAACUUAGAAAGCUACUGUAAAUGCCACAAGGAAAAUACAUUUUCAUAAAAUAUAAAAAAAGAAUGGUCUUCAUGUUUUAUCAACUCCAGUUAUGACUAAUUUAAGUGACUGAUCAACAGAUGUGUUUGUUAAAAUGACGAGGGAAUUUUGAGAUUUUGAGGUUUGAGACAGUUUAUGAAUAAUUACCACAAGACAUAGGAUACUGAACUGUAGCACUGAUACAGAUUUUGAUGUGUGAUCAAUAAAAUAGAAAAAAAAUGUAGUACCUUUUUAGUGUAGUCUUGUGUUCGAGUGUACUGUGUACAAUACUACUUAAAACUAAACACGACUCCAGUAUUUCUAAAAGUAAUAAAGCAUUUAAUUUUUGUAUCCAACUUUUCAAGCUUUGAAUUGUAUUACCUAAUUACAAUGUAUUAUUGUUCUGUUUUGUUUGAAAUUACAUAUUAUGCAAUUUUCACACGAUUAAAACAUUUAGUGAAAGCCCAUAUAUCUUUUUUUUUAUAAUCCACCUAAUUUCUAAAUGGGAAUAAUGUUUUUUUUAAGUUGCUUUUGCAGGUAUACAGUCUAGUGGAAAGUCUGGGACUAACAGUACAGACCUAAUAGCACAUUGCCAAUGGUUUAUCUGGUUCUUAGCAUGGCUGUUAAAGUAAUUGAGUUGUCAUACAAUUGUCUGUGGAGGUUUUUAUUGCAGUAGCUAAAUUGUGUUUGUGCCAUAUACUGUUGGUAUAUGGCUUUUAUGUGUAUUGUUCCCAUUGAAGAGAGGAAGACAUGGUCAUUAUCACAGACAUAGGACCAUCAGCUGACAAAGUGAUUAAAAGUAGAUGUAUUUGUACCAACUCAC